CCGCACAUACAUAGACCCAACCACAUUAUUUAUUAGGGUUUUUUCCAUUCUUUCCCCUUGUAAUUUGAAAUUACUUGUUAACUAAAUCAAGCAGUUCUCCAACCAUGAGUAGAGGUGGGAGCUACGGCGGCGGCCAAAGUUCCUUGGGCUACCUCUUUGGUGCUGAUGAGCAGCCAAGUGCACCUGCUGUAACACCACCGAUCCAGCCUCCGUAUGGCAUAGAUACUACCCCAGAGACUCCUCCGGCUCCAAAUAAACUCAGGUCAGAGAAACGGACAGAGAAAAACGUCAACAACAACUAUCAUAGGGCUCAAGGACAGAAUUCAGGGAACUUCAUAACUGAUCGCCCAUCAACGAAAGUUAAAUCAGUUCCUGGUGGAGAUUCAUCUCUGGGGUACCUGUUUGGAGACAAGUGAUGCUUUCCUUCUUACAAGUUCCUACUCGAUUGCUUCCAACAAAGGGAUUGAAGAUAACAGAUAAGUGGGUUUUAAAAAGUAAAUCUGUACAUGCUAAAUAAGGGAUUCAGUUCCCAUCAGUGUUGAAUUUGCAAGGGUCCUUCUAGUUUGGUAUCGUAUAUAUGUAUGGUGUUUAAUUUUCAGAACUCUGUCAAAAAAAAAGGAUUCCAGUCAUGAAGAAAUAGGUCUGAUGUAUGGUGUAUGGUGUUACCAAGGAUUGUACAAUAACCAGAAGUUUAAGUUCCUGUCAGAGUGUGAAUGUUUCCAUUUAAUGCAAUAACGAGGUUUGUCCUUUCA